UGUGAAUUUUAAUUUUCAAAAUUUGCAUUUUCGCGGUCUUCAGAAGCUUCAGGCACAAAGCGAGUUUGGCAAUAAAAAUGCGUUUCUUUUUGUCAAAUUCGAGCUUAUUGCUCUUCCUUGGCGUGUUUAUGUUAUGUCUAUCGUUUUCCUUUGCCAAUAAAGUGGACGACGAAGAGUCCUGUCGUAUGUACGCCGGCGGUCAAGUGUAUCCUCAGGAACGGAAGACAAGCGAACACGCUUUGCAUUGGAGUAAGGCACAAAGUAAGAUAAAAACAUCGCCUUUAAUUCUACCAUUAGUUACUAAAGACAAUUAUUUUGAAGGCCAGGGUAAUUUGUACAAGGGGUCUUUGUGUUUAGGUCAUUUUUACUCGUAAUGACGAAGUAAUUUCAUGUUAAAUUCGUGGGUUUCAAAAGGCUUUUGUUUGUUGUGUCUCCGUUCAGUAGUUACACGUGUAUUUAAAAAUGCAAAUUGCGGCAUGGCACGAACUUUGAAUAUUGUUAUUUUGGGGUAUUUGUGACUCCGUUUUUGCUGUAAUAGUUGUAGUUUUGUUAUAAAAUUUGUGUGGCAUCAAAUGUAGAAUGGGUUUGUUGCAAUUGCAGUAAAAUUGAGAUAUAUUAAUAUUGGCCUUGUUUAUUCAUUGAAUUUAUACAGAUACAGAUACAGAUAUUUCACAGCACACUCCCUAUCAGGGCUUUUCAGUGACUGGUUACAUUAUGAAUAGAUAGAUUGAACCGGACUGACUUGAAGCAGACCGAGGUAGCCUUUAAGCUUACAAAUGGCGCUUGAGCAGCCGCUAUUAGUCCAUACCUCAUUAAUGAUCUGCCUCCAGACCUUAUGUGCCUAACCCACCCUGUCAACUUUCCCUGUGGGAGGAAACACGGAGUACCCGGAGAAAACCCACGACUUUCGGCAGAGCGUUGACUUUUACUCUUUUUCACAUGAGGACUGGGUUCGAGUCACAUUGAGAAGUUCUCACUGAGAUUCGAACCUGCGGCCUUAGAGGUGAAAGGCAAGUGCGCUAACCACUUCGCCAAGUGCGCUAACCACAUUUAUUAACACCUUGUGAGCAGCAAUUCACCCUCAUGUGUCCCACUUUGUUCUCUUCGUCUUUUUAUGCCAAAUAGUAUUACUCAUGGGGAAACUGCUGGUAUUAAUGGUUAACCAACAUUCUUAAGCUAAUUAAUGCGAUAUAUUGAUAUUUUUUAUAUAAAAUAUCGAUUUUUCAAAAAUUUUGAUAUUCAAAUUUUUCGCAUGUUGAAAAUAUGGAAAAUUUUAACUGGACAACUGAAUCAACUUUUUUUCAGCAAUUAUUGUCCAGAAAAGUUUAGAAAUCACAUGUGUGACAGCAAUUAGCCUUAAUUCUCACGAAGGCCCAAAUCCGCCAUUUUUGGGGUACUGUCCGCCCUCAUGAAAGAUUCUAGACAAUUCAAAAAACGUGAAAAGUGACUUUUAAAAGCUGUAACUGUAAAUGUACCAUUAUACAAACAACUACAAUACUAAAAAGUUGUAUUUCGUGGUGCGGAGACUCUCAAACGUGGGGGAGGCUCAGAGGCAGUACCCCCAGGAUGGCGGAAAAAUCGGCCGUAAGAUAGGCUAAUUACGAAAUACAAGUAGCAAGCGUGUGGCCAAUUGAAAAGUGUAAAUAGAGUAAGUGUGGUCACAGAAGAUCACCACCCACACAAGCGGUAGUCGAGCGCUUGAAAACGAUAACUGUGUUAUAACUCAUAACAAUGGAAUCUGCACUAAGUCCUUGGAAUAAUAAUCUUAAUGGUGCGUAUUGGCAAAGGUUAAAAACGAAGUAUAAAAAUAUCACAGCUCAUUCAAACUCACUGUUCUGUUGCAAAGAAAAGUCUAGACAAUAUGUCGAAUCAAUGAAUAUUUCAUUGAACUUUGUUUUUUGUAUUUUUUAUGCGGUAUACUGUACAUGCAUUGCAAGUUGACUGAACUACUAGUACUGUAGUAUAUAAUGUUCUAAUUUGCAUAAUUCGAUAUACUGUAGUUGAUAUUAUCAAUAUUUUUUUUCAAUAUCAAUAUACAGUUACAUAUCGAUUUUAUUCAAUAUCGGAUCAGUCUAAAAGUAGUUAUGUCCCAAAUUACACACGCUGUCUUUAAAUAGAAAAAAAAAUGUACUUUAGUUGGAAAACGUGCUCCAUAUUGGGAAGGAACAGCAGUCGUCAAUGGGGAAUUCAAAUCAUUGAAUAUAACAGAUUUUCGUGGUAAGUAGGUUUUGUCUACUACAGUAGUCCAAAAUUUACUAUGGUAAAAACAUGUUUUUAUUUCAAAUUUAUGUUGUAAAGCCUAUUAUAUACAUAUGUAUUACAUUACAUGUACUGUACUGAGUUGAAUUCUUUACCAAAACAUUCAAAUUGUAUGUUUUUUUCAAUACUACAUAAUGAUAUGUUUCAAAAUUUAUUUCAGGAAAAUAUCUGGUGUUUUUCUUUUACCCAAUGGAUUUGUAAGUAAAAUUUGAAAUAUGCUUUAGACUGCAUUCACACUACACCAGAGUGAAAUAAUGCUGGUGUGUUCACUCUAUGCCGUUUCAGUUGUUUACAAAUUAAAUUAGCACUCAUGUAAACCCAAAAUAUUUCAAAUAGAGCAACAAAAAGCAUUUCAAUUUACUGUCUUGGGCCCUGAGAUGCUUGUUUGCAAGUGCAGGGAGUUUUCCAGGGAUUUUUUAGGCCCGAAAAACGGCCCCAAAAAUUCAAUCUUGAAUUGAGUUUUGAAACUCAAUCUUCUCACCAAAAGAUUCAGUGCUGUCAAAAUGAAGUUGUUUGAGUUAAAUUUGUGACGUGUGCAAAUUAGUUUUCAGUUGGAAACCCGACAAUCAAGAAAAAAAUGGCUGGAAUUCAUUUCACAACACAAGAAAAACAACGCAUUCGCUAUCUUUCACCAGUUUAUGGUGUCUGCUUUAACACAUUGCAUCUCAACUACACUUAUUGGGUACAGGUGUCAGCCUCCCGCAGCUACCCCAGACCCCCAGCUGUUCAGCUAAACUCAACCUUCUCUGCAAAAACGGACCCAAGAGAAAAUCCUGAAAAAAACUUGCAAGUGGUACAUGGCAUUUGUCUUCACAAGAAGCCGCCAUUUUCCAGCCAAGUGCUCCGUUUUCAACUUGCUCUGUUUAAAAACUCAAAUGCUCAAAUUGUUACGGCAAAAGUAACAUUUUCAAACAAUUUUGUGUAUGUGACAGCAUAUUGUGCAUGUGACAAUUAAUUGUGACUUUUCUGUCCAGUGAACAAACAAGUAUACUGUAUUACUUAUUUUAUUGUAGCACAUUUGUAUGCCCCACAGAAAUCAUCGCUUUCAGCAACAGAAUAGAAGAAUUCCGUAAAAUUAACACUGAAGUUGUCGCUUGCUCGGUGGAUUCUGUCUUCACGCAUUUGGCAUGGUAGGUUAUGGUGGAGUCUCUACUAGCCUUACAUAUAGGCAUUUAUUAGAGAGUACCAUUGAACUAUAAAUAAACUGGAAGGCUAACUCAGGGGGGGAAAUUGAAGCCAGUGCAUUUUAGUUUUUCUGAGUUAUGAGCAGAAAUACUCAACACUGAACGUUGGGCUAUAUAUCAAAUUGAAGCUAUUGAAAAACUCUAUUUGGUGUAGAAAUUUCAAGACUUUAGCUAAAAGGGAAAUAUUGAAAAAUUACAAACAUAAUUACCGAAAAUUUGCCGUUUUGCAGUUGUUUUUGUAUUUUUUAAAGAUUUUUCUUUUCGCUGAAGUCUUGAAAUUUCCACACCUAAUAGCAAUUUUCAAUAGCUUCAAUUUGAUAUAUAGCCCGACGUUUGGGGUCAAGUAUUUCUGCUCAUAACUCAGAAAAACUAUUUUGGCUUCAUCAAAUCAUAGGCCUUCAUCAUAGCAGUUAGCCUUCCAGUUUAUUUAUAGUUCAAUGGAGAGUACUUACUGUACAUUAGAUCAUUUAUGGUAAUCAACUUUCUUUUGUAUUUUUUUUUGGCAACCUUAUAUAGGAUAAACACACCAAGAAAAGAUGGUGGCCUUGGCAAACUAUCUUACCCUCUGCUUUCUGAUUUGAACCAUCAAAUUGCCAAAGAUUACGGAGUUUUGUUGGAAAAUGAAGGACACACUUUGAGGUACAUGUGCCCUACAAUCUAAACUGCCAUAAUUUAUAUCAGGGGCAGAUCUAGACAGAGAUCCCCAGAGAAGUCCAGCACCGCCCUAAAAAAAUCAUGCUUCAUCAUACAUUUUCUGCUUAUUGAAUAAUGAUUAGCGGAACGUCUACUGUUGGCACGUUUCGAUUUCUUGGAACGAUGUAAUUGAAUUGUGAGCUCACAAGAAAACACUCAGAAUGAUUUAAUCGUUAAAUAUCAUGGUUAAAUAUGUAAUAAACUGUUGAGGGUGUUAUAUUGUACAGCCAUAUUUUCAAAUAUACUGUACUGUACUGUACAGUACUUGAACAAGCAAAUUUACUGUACUGUGCUACAGCAGCUGUCCAGUCAUGCCUAUGUGAUAAAAAACGAUAUAAACUUUAUAAACAUAAGAUAAUCUAAAACGUAACAGAAUGGCGAACAUGCAGAUUCAACCAUCUCAAAUAAUAGUAGUGUUGGGAUAGUAGCGUUGCAGACUGCAGAGGAGAGUGGGAAGUAAGGCUCCCUCAUGCACCACCCCAUGGAAAACCUGCACCCCUCCUUGCAGAUGAUCCUAGAGCUGCCUUAAUUUAUAUGGCGCAUAGCAAUAGUGGAGUACAGUCACUAGACAGCAAUGACUGUUUAAUUGCACAAAACUCUCUGCACGGAAAUAAAUACCACACAUUUACCGAAACUUUUAUUUUGUAAUUUGUAUUAUUUUUCAGAGGGCUGUUUAUCAUAGAUGACAAAGGAGUUCUCAGGCAGAUUACAAUGAAUGAUUUACCAGUAAGUGUAGAGUUAAUUUGAUUUGUUUUUUUGCGCGUGUACGUUACUUUAUUCUGCCUUAGUUCGGAAAAAAAUCUGGCCACAAUUGAAACUGACAUACAAUCGAAUAUUCUACUGCACAAAAUCUUAAUAUUUUGCAAAUAUGCAAAGCAGCUCUCUUUGGCACUUAAUCUAUUCAAGGCUUUCUAUUACACGGAAAUUUCGUGUAAUCGUAGAAAGUCGUAUCGGAUGACUGAUUGAAAUGCUACGAGAGUUACUGUAGUCUGUAACUCAUCACUGUACUGUAAUUAGGCACAUCAAAUUGUUCGGAAUUGGAUGUAAACAAGCAUUAUAUUGAUAUUUAUGACUAUAGGGUUCAUUUCCAGUUUUGCUGGCAAAUAAUAGAACAAUCACCUUCUUACAUUUUAAAGACAAUUAUGUACUAUUUUAAAAAAAUGGGGCAAGUUUGCUCAUAUGACCCAUGUGCUAAACAAAGAUUUACUGUAAAUGAAUUUUGUAGUUGAAUAAUAGUCUAAAAUAGUAUAUAAAAGAAAAAAGUAAGUUUGCAUUCAAUGAAUCAUCGAAAAUGUUUGUAUCAACUUGUUUGGAUUCAGGAAAUGGAUUCUUUGAGCAUAUACCUGAUAUCUUAUAUUCACAAGUCAUUCUAAGCUAAGUUUAGCAGUAUUUGACAAAGUCUAUACCGUAUACAAUAUUAUAUGAGUGUAUACUUGGGGUACAUGUACUGUACACGUGAUGAUUGAAACUCGAAGGCAGGAUUCAAUUGUAUAAUUUUUUCAUGAACAUAAUCAUACAGUACAGUAUAUAUAAUAUGAUAAGAUCACUUAUACCAGGAUGAUUUUAAUGACAUCCCUAAUACUGUAUACAGUAGCUGUAUGACAAGAUUUUUACUGAUGAAAUAUAUCUUAUAUUAGCUGCUAUAUCGCUACCUGCUAUACUGAAGAGGUUAACUCUAAAUUUAAAAAAAAACACACUUAGUUGAAUGACAGUACUCUUUGUAAACGUCUAAAGUUACUGCAUGGCCAACUCCGAAAAUCAUGUCUAGAGUUAUUUAAGGCAGGAAUCGAACCUACGGCCCUGCGAUUCUGGUGCAGCGCUCUAACCAACUCAGCUACAGAGAAACAGUUGACGAGCAUUAACCGAAAUAAUUUCACCGUCCAUUUAAAUAGUUUAUUUUCUGAGAAUCUAUCCAGCAUCGCUCUCAUUCAGUGAUGUUUGAUACCACCUAUUACCUGAUGAUACCACCUAUUAUAUCUGAUGUUUUGAUACCACCUAUUACCAGUGGCGUUACGUUCACACGAAAUGCAUUUUAUUUGUUCUACGCAAGCGUAACUAUGCAGAAACAGAAGGAAAUUGGCAAUAAAAAGUAGCAACAGUAUCCUAGAAUUUGCUCUCCAAUUCGAUGUUAUACGGUGUUGAUAUCUCUAACAGAGUGGUCGUUUGUAGUUGUUCUGACUUCAAAACCAAUCUUUUCUUUACCCGUGUUGGGAUCUUUUUAGUAACUGUUCCCAGUGCUUCCUACAUCCCCCAUCCUUACGAUUCUUCAUAUUUUACCAUUUAUUCUUGUUUCUUCUGCACAAACUCUGUUAUCACUCUCGAUUAUGUCCACAAUUUUACAAAUCCUAUCCUGACAGUUACAUAUGUCGCACCGUAUAUUUAAUAUAUGUCGUUACCAUACUUACCCGUGUGGAUGGUUAGGUGCAGACGUGGUCAGCUAUUGCUAUUUAGGGAUUUGGGGUGUACUUCGAUUCAGGUCAGAAUCACGUGAACAUAUCCAUUCAGGACUUGAACCACACCAAACUAAAUUUUCGGCGCAAAUGACAUAAAAACCAAAAGUCAGCCGUUGGCUUCAAAAUUUAGCUUCGUCUCUAAGCAGAGUUCUACUCCAAUUGGUUAUGAGUUAGCUAAUGCCUGCGAGUCUGCUUCGCGCUCUCUAUAUCCUAUACUCUUUGGGCAUAAGUCAUGCCCAGACUAUGCGGGAAUCCUAUGACAUUAAUCUUGGUUACUAUGUAACCUCAUUUAACUUCAUCUUACCAUUAUACAAUUAUACAUUACCAUUAUACAAUUUGUCUUACUUUUUAUCCAUAUCUUCAUUCUUUCAGAAUGUGUUUUCUAUAUUAUUAUUGUUAUGAUUAUACUAUUUUAGUUUUGAAAGCAUUUUAAAGCAUAUUUUUGCGUCAUCAGGUCGGUCGUUCAGUCGACGAGACGUUGCGGUUGGUCCAGGCGUUCCAAUAUACGGAUAAGCACGGCGAGGUGUGUCCCGCUGGCUGGAAGCCUGGGGCAGAUACUAUUGUACCUGAUCCCAAGGAGAAACUGGACUAUUUCACGAAGCACGACGAGGAAGGACCCGAUUCUCCUCCGAGUGAAGAGUUGUGAUCGGUGUCUUCCGACGAUCUCGCUGAUCUCAAAACUAGAACUGGACUGACUUUUUAAGUCAGCCUUUUAAUGUCUAGGAAUUUCAAGAUUUUUACUCAAAAUUUUUAACUAUGAUUCAUAUAUUUUAUGAAGUAUACUCGGAAUAAUAGCAUUUUGUGAUAACGCAG